AUGUCUCCAACCACACAUCCAGGACUCCCCGUCGAUAACCCUAUCACUUCAUACUGGCUCAAAGACCCCCAUCCCUUGGCAUCGUACCGCUCCUCGCCCACCGUUCCACAGCACUGCGACAUUGCAAUCAUCGGCACCGGCUUGGCGGGUGUAGCCACCGCAUAUCACAUCCUGUCAACCUCGCAUGCCGAGAAACCAAGCGUUGUCCUCCUCGAGGCGCGCCAAGUUUGUUCUGGUGCAACCGGUCGCAAUGGUGGCCAUACGAAGCUGGCAGCAGCUAUUGCUAAACCACUUUAUGAUGAUUAUGGUGAUGUCGCUACGCAGGUAAUCAAUCACCAGCUCGAGCAACUUUCCGCUUUGAAGGAGGUAGUCGAUAAAGAGAGCAUCGAUUGCGACUUGAAGGUGACUCGGUCGUUUGAUGUGUUUUUUGAGGAGGACCACGCCAGAGAGAUUCGUGAGUUUAUCGAUGAGAAGAAGUCAGAAGGUGUUUUGUGGGCGAAGGAGGUUGAGUGGAUUGAGGGGUCGGAUGUGGACAAGAUCAGUGGCGUCAUGAACGGCAAGGGAGCUCUCAUUGUCCCUGCAAUCUCUCUGUGGCCGUAUAAGCUCGUCACUGCUCUACUCUCCAGAGUGCUGGAACUGGGUGGCCAGCUCUAUACCGAGACUCGAGUCACGAGGGUGGAAGAGGGAUCCAACCAAACCACAAUAACAACGUCUCGGGGAACACUGACAGCUGAGAAGACCAUCUUCGCAACAAAUGCAUACACGGCCGCUCUGCUACCCCAAUACGAAGGAGUCAUUCCUCCAUUCAAAGGACAGAACUCGCACCUGGCUCCACUGCCAUCUUUCAAACCCCCAAUUCCGCUUGACAACACCUACAACUUACGCUUCAACGCACAGUACGCGGACUAUCUGAUCCCACGACCAGACGGGACAAUCAUUCUCGGUGGUGCCAAGUGGACGUACGACACCGAUCGAGACAGUUGGUGGAACACAGUGGAUGACAGAACGUUGAUUACUGAUGCCGCUACCGCACAUUUUGAUAGUGUCAUGGCUAAACAUUUCCGUGGAUGGGAGAAUGCAAGCGCGUAUCAUGAUAUGGUUUGGAGUGGGAUCAUGGGCUAUACCCCAGAUACAUUGCCCCAUGUGGGCCGGGUUCCGGGUUCAAAGAGCCAGUGGAUUCUGGCGGGAUUCAAUGGCGCUGGAAUGUUGACGAUCUUCACGGUAACACAGGCCAUCGCGAAAAUGGUUGAUGGGGUAGAGUAUGAAGAUACGGGCCUGCCUGUCCUAUUCAAGUCGACGCCGGAACGGUUGGCGCAAGGCAGUGAUAAGUCGGAAUGAGUUUAACCAUAUAAAUAGCGUCGUGAUGUUCUUAUCCAACAUGCAGGUGCGAUUCACAACAUAAUAGGCAGAAUACUAAGUGGCAGAGUUGAGCCUCCUCAACAUCAGGCGCAUCCUCAAAAACAGCCCGUUUCCUCGCC